GUUGAGUUCUCGCAAUAAUCAGACUACUGACCGUCUCGGAUCGUUACCCGUUGAGUGACCAAGCUCUAAUCUAGAACCGAACGAUGCAUUCGUUAGGUGCACUGCUAUUGGUCGUGCAGUUGCAACACCUUGUUCUCGCCAGCGCCGAGAGCCUCAAUGUACGAUACGAAAACGGAAGUGUUGUAGCAAGCAACCAGAUUCGUUUCCGGUCGGGUGCAAAUGUUUCGCUCGACUGCGCUUUCAAUGCGAGUGUAAACAGCACGUCGGAGAGUCUACAGUGGAUAAGGAACGGGAGCGGAGUGACGGAGAGCUCGUCCGUGAAUGUUUCAGUGCGUCAGUUUUUUGUCGGUGGAGCUCAGCGUCUGUACAUAUCUCAGUUGACAAGGGAGAGGCAGGGCGUGUACACAUGCGUCGGAAACGCCAGCAACUCGACGGGUGGAGCAACUCGGGCGAUGUUUGACGUGUUUGUUUGGCUCGAUGAAGACGUAUGUGGUCAAUGUCAUGCGAAUGCUACAUGCGAGCUCGGCAUUCUGGGUAUUCCUCACUGCCGUUGCGACGUCGGAUUUUACGGCAACGGAACAGUCUGUGAACUGGAUCGUUGCGCGUCGGGCUUGAGCGACUGUGAUCCGUAUGCUGCGUGUGUGAAUGUGCGGCAGGGCGUCAAUUGUGCGUGUUUGGAUCCGUACCAGGGAAAUGGGACUUACUGUGAAGGAAGCUUUCCACAUUUUGUUAAUGAUGAAUUCAUCGAAGUGGUCCGUCUUGCUGGUGAUCGAAUCGAAUUAAAUUGUGUAGUAACUGGUUAUCCACCAUCAAAAAUCACAUGGUGGAAAGAUGGUGUUGAUGUGAGCCAAGGCAUUCAAAUGCCCCCAAUAGUGCCUGGGUUAGCCGAUCGGAUGCUUGUGAUAAGAAAUGCAACAUUUAGUGAUGCAGGCUCUUACGAGUGUGUUUCAAAGACAAAUUUUAGCAGUCGACAACAAAAUCUCACCAUCAUGUCUACUGUCAAUGUCACAAUACAAGUUCCUGCCAGUGUUCAUGUUAAGGCACAGAGUCCUCUUCUGCUUCUUGAAGGCGAAAAGUUUUCUGCUACAUGUGACUUUGAUGGAUUUCCAAUCCCUGUUGUAACAUGGAACUUUAAGUCACAGCAGCUUCAGAAUGGUUUGAACGGAGUUGGAAUACAGCAUGUUCCGUUCAUGCCGAUCGUGCUUCUUGACAUUCAGCAGGUAUCUGUUAGUGAUGCUGGACUGUACACGUGUAUUGGUACUAAUAACUUGACACGACGUGGAGGGCAGACAGCUGGUACUAAUAACGUGACACGACUUGGAGUGCAGACAGCUAAGUCAUCGAUUCAAUUGACAGUUGAGGCUGUUGCAAAUAUUUCUACUAAUCCAUCGGACGUUCACGUGUUAGUCAACCAGUCGGCUGUGUUUGCUUGUCAAGCAUCGGGCUAUCCCCUUCCCACCUUCAAAUGGCUCUACAACAACAUGGAAGUCUUGAAUGGACAGAAAUUUGCCAUUGAAACGUUACAGUUGCAGAGCAAUUUGACUGUGUACGAUGUCCAGUUGUCAGACAACAUAACUGUAGUUUGUGUUGUAACCAAUGCUGUAACUAAGACGGCACCGAGAGAAGUGAGGAGCUUGCCAGCCCAUCUUAUAGUAGAAGCUCUGCCUCAAAUUAUGUCUUUGUCAAGCAUUGGUCCUUCUGUUGCACUGAACUCUGAUGCGACCGUGACGUGUUCAUACCGUGGAGUCCCUGAGCCAGACGUGCAUUGGUAUCAUAAUGGGACAGAGCUGCAAUCGAAUGUCAAACAUAGAAUCGAGAUUACAGUCGGACAGUCAAUCCUUACAGUACGCAAUGUGAACGAGAGUGAUGCCGGUGUUUAUCGUUGUUCUGUCAGCAACGUGAACACCGCAAAUUUUGGAGGAACCGACUUUGCUAAUAUAACACUGGAUGUCUACAAUGCACAAGAGUAA